AUGGUGGCCCGACUGCUAGGGCUGGCCUUUCUGUUUCUACCCAUCAGCCUGGUCACCUGUACGACUCACGUGGUGCAGACCAACCAAAGCUGGGAGGUGGUGUACCGGGACACCUAUGUUUAUGGGGUGGUGACCAAAGCAGUGAUCCUGGAGUGCGGCAGCACUGUACCUGACAUAUACAUAUGGAGCUUCACCAAGCCCGGUACUGAAGCUAUAAAAGCUGUGGUGUGGGAUUUGGGCAAAGGACCAAGGAUCCAGAAGCUGGCUGAGACGCUGGGAAAGCUGACGGUCAUUUCAAACAGUGCAGCUCUUAGCAUUGAGAAACUUCCUCUGGCUGCACAUGGCCUGUUCACCUGCCAGGCCAUCUAUGACACAGAACAGGAGCCCAUAGUCUACUACUACUACGUGCACCUCACUGUCCGAGUUCCUGUCAGUAAGCCAUACCUCCUGAUGAGUGAUGUAUCCCCAGUGGAAGGAUCUACGAUGUGGAUGCGCUGCAAUCUGGAAAAUGGGACUGGACCAGUCCAGUAUGUAUGGCAACAUGAAACACGAACAGGCAACAUUUCGACCAUUGCACAGGGCGACUCCAGUGUGAUCAAUGUGACCAACGUCAACCGCAACCACACCGGCUGGUACCGCUGUGUGGCCAGCAACGCCGUCAACAGUGAGAGCUCUAACCGGUUAUGGCUGGACACUAUCUUCGGCCCGGACAUCCCUCAGAUAGACGUGACUCCGUACAGUAUGACAGAGCGGGGAUAUUCAGCCCUAGAGAGAGAGACUGUUUCUUUACUCUGUCAAGCCCAGUCCAACCCAGCAAGUCAGUACGUCUGGUUCUACAACAACUCCCAGGUCUACAGUGGACCGCAGUUCACCAUCACCAAGAUCCUCCGAAUGCACACUGGCGACUACGCCUGCUUGGCACAGAACACCUACCUCAACACCCGCUCCAAAAAAACCAUCAGCCUUACUGUCUACUACCCACCUGAUGGCUCCCCUUCCUGUUCGGUGCAGCCGGCUCUGAAUCACACCUCUCUGAGACUGCUCUGCUCCUGGCCUGGUGGAUUUCCCACCGCCUCCCUCCACUGGACCGGAGACCUGACACAAGCGGGGCAAGAGGUCGUCGACACAGGGCAGCAAGCAAAUUCACUGACCGACACUGCCAUCUUGCUGCCAUCUGAAGGCCUGACUCCCAACAACAGCUUGUUUACAUGCUUGGGCUCCCACCCGGCGCUUAGACAGCCAACACAGUGCAGCACACGCACAUAUGUUCCCCCUGCAGAGCCAGUGUGUUUUGCCUAUGUAACUAACAGCAAGCAGUAUCUGAUGCUGUCCUGCUCCUGGGAUGGAGGGGCCCCAAAAGCCUUGGUGUGGUGGGAGGGCCCGGGUGGCCAGGGUGAAGGAGGGCAGGAAAACUCCAACAUCUUGAUCCUUCGCUAUGGCACUGCGCGCAGUGGGAAGCCCUACACCUGCCACGCUAAACAUCCACUUCUGGUCCAGACCAAGACCUGCAGGCUCACACUGGAGGCCCCUGUGCUGCUGACACAGCGCAGAGUUGUGUCUGUGUACGAGGGGAGUGAUGUCCAGCUCGACUGCAACCUGAGAGCCAACUAUCUUCCCGUCAGUGAAAUCACCUGGUUCAACAACCAGGGUGUGGACGUCAAAGACACCUCCAAGUACAUGUUGCUGCGAACAUCUGCAUGGGCCAACCUGACUGUGAGAGACACAGAUGAGGCUCAAGACAGUGGCGAGUACAGGUGCACCACUUCCAACGCAGUGGGAGGAACUGAAAUCAAUGUCACUUUAGUGGUCAAGAGGUACCCCAUGCCACCCAAUGCGACCCUGAUCAAGGUGACGUACAACAGCCGUAAGCGUAACGAGGUGGAGCUGGAGUGGCAGGUACACACUGAGGAACAAAGAGGUUGGACGGGUUUCGUCUUGGAGCACAGAUGGGUGUCAGAGAAACCAGGAAGGAGAGGCAGCAGCAAUGAUUCAAAGGAGGAGACGGAGGAGAGGAUUGCUCCACCAGUAUGGUACCGUAACUUCAUCCAGGACCCAGAGGUCAGGAGCCAUACAGUAGGGAGGCUGACGCCGACCUUUACCUACCAGUUCCGCAUCACACCCGUCAACCACCGCACCAUUGGACACCCCUCUGCAGCAAAGACUCCAGGUAUAGUAUGUAAACAGAGUGAGGAAAGUGUGGUCAGAUUUCUAUGUGUUGCAGCGGAACCACGCUCCAACAUGUACCCUGCUGUGAUUGGAGCAGCUAUAGGCGGGAUGCUCUUUGCAGCCAUCCUCACGGCGCUGCUGCUCGUGUACAUAAUCCGCAACCGCAACAACAAUCCUCGACUACAUGACAUGCUGUUUGGCUUGCAGCACAGCCAGUCGAGGGAAAACAUCAACUUUCCAGAGGAUGAAGUGGUGGGCGGGUCAGAGGGAGGAAUAGAGGAGAUUGGAGGAUCAUCCAGCCCAGGUAAGAUGAACCCACAUCAAACACAUGUUCAUAUAAAUGUCAGGAAUCCCACACUCAUUUGGACAUAAACAUUUUAGGACUUUUUGUAGUCUUUAAAUUAAUGUUUCCCUCAUCCCCCUACCAG